UUUGUUUUUUAAGUUAUAUUCACUCUUUUAAAUUAUUUUUUAAACAGACAUGUUACAGUCAUAGAUUAUCUAUAGUAAUGGUAGAAUUAACUGAACCAAUUGCUUUGAAAAAUAUUUUGGUGCAAUGUUGUUUUGUUCAUAACAAGUAAAAAAAGUUCAGUGUAGAGGCGGUAAUUAAAGAAUAUGGACCAAUCAGGUAGCAGCAUCUCCAGCUAAUCGACCAAUCAGGAGCAAGGAUUAGGAAUUAUUUUUAAUGGCUCUAGGUUUGGAUUAAACAAAUUAAGCGUAGAAACUUAUAAUGUGCAACGCCUUUAAGAAGGUAAUUUAUAACAAUGAAGGAAUACAUUCUAACAUUUAUUUAAAAAUCUGGUGUCAUGGGAUAAUUUUGUUUUUAUCUCUUGCAUAUCUGUGCUCCCCGCCAGUUCAGUAGGUGGCGGUAGUGCACCGGAAGUGGUUUGCAACCGCUUUUAAACAAAAGAAGAAGAAGUUUUGAUUAGGGAGCGUUUUCUGCAGUCUUUUGAUGAUGUUAAUGUUUAUCGGCGAUUUGUUUGAUUUACAAAUGUACUAAACUGAAAGUAAAACUUUGAAGGAUUUUGAUGUGAAGCUUAAAAAAUGGCGUCUAAAUCUUUUUCUGAGGAGGAUUUCUCUUGUCCUCUGUGCUGUGAUAUUUUUACAAAUCCUGUUGUGUUGUCUUGUAGUCACAGUAUCUGUAAAGACUGUAUUCAGAGAUUCUGGGAAAGUAAAGGAUUUCAAGAAUGUCCAGUUUGCAGAAAACGAUCUUUAAGGGAUGAACCUCCAAUAAAUUUAGCUUUGAAGAAACUGUGUGAGACUUUCUUAAAGGAGAGAAGUCAGAGAUCUUCAUCAGUUUGUCAUCUUCAUGAUGAGAAACUCAAACUCUUCUGUCUGGAUGAUCAACAGCCGGUGUGUUUGGUGUGUCGAGACUCCAGAACUCACAACAACCACAAAUUCUGUCCUGUCGAUGAAGCUGUCAUUGAUAAUAAGGAGAAACUCAAAACUGAAUUAAAAUCCUUACAGGAGAAACUGACAAUAUUUGAGGAGUCUAAGAAAACUUUGGAUAAAACAGCAGAACAUAUAAAGAUUCAGGCUGAACGCACAGAGAAGCAGAUUCAUGAAGAGUUUGAGAAACUUCACCAACUUCUACAUGAUGAAGAAUCAGUCAGAAUAACAGCACUGAGAGAGGAAGAGGAGCAGAAGAGUCAGAUGAUGAAGGAGAAGAUUGAGAAGAUGAGCAGUGAGAUUUCAUCUCUUUCACACACAAUCAGAGUCAUAGAGAAGCAGAUGACAGCUGAAGAUGUUUCAUUCCUACAGGACUUUAAGAGCACAAUGGAGAUUGUGUUUGCUGUUUCUCUCAGUGAUUGUGAAUCUAAACUCACAGCAGAAUCUGAGACUCCUGAAUGUUCUUCCAAAGUUCAGGGUAAAACGUCAGAUCCAGAGGACAUCUCAGAAAAGAUGUUGAUCGAUGUAGCAAAACAUCUCAGCAACCUAAAGUUUACUGUCAUACAGAAGAUGAAGGAGAAAGUUGAAUACAUUCCAGUGACUUUGGACCCAAACACUGCUGACUGUUGUCUCUUUCUGUCUGAUGAUCUGACCAGUGUGAGAUUCAGUGAAGAUGCAGCACUGCUUCCGGAUAAUCCAGAGAGAUUUGAUGAGUGUGCAUGUGUUUUGGGUUCAGAGAGCUUUAAUUCAGGGAUUCACUGCUGGGAUGUUCAGGUUGGAGACAACACAUACUGGCAUCUGGGUGUGAUGUCAGAAUCUGCAGAGAGGAAGAAGAACAUAUACUCCAGGAGUAGAAUCUGGUGUGUGAGGUAUUACUCUGGUGAAUACUUUGCAGUCAUUACAUCACAAACAUUUCUUGAUCUCCCAGUGAAAACGGUUCUCCAUCUCCCAGUGAAAGUGAAACUCGAGAGAAUCAGAGUUGAGUUGGAUUAUGACAGAGGAAACCUGUCAUUCUCUGAUCCUCUCACUAACACACACAUACACACUUUCACACACACAUUUACUGAAAGAGUUUAUCCAUGGUUCAGUGUUGGCUGUGAUAUUUCUCCUCUGGUGAUCUUACCGGUAAAAUCCUCUUAAAAACUUGAGAUUGAAUUUGAGAUUGAUUUUGUUUGUAAAACAGUUUGAGUUUUUUUGGUGAUAAAGUUCAUUAAGUUGUUGUUUUUGUUGACUGUGUUAUAAUUGAUAUUGUUAAUUGACGCCGCUGAUAUUGAAUGCAGUCGUGUUUAAAGAAACACAUGGAGUUACACAGACUGAUAUAAAAACACUGUAUUAUCAUUAUACAAAUAAACAUGAUGUGAGAUAUCUCAAUG